CUUGGACUGGGCCUCCUCCUCCGAACUUUCCGUGUAGCAAAAGAACAACGACUCCUCCAUUUCUUCAACGACCUAGUUCGCAGUACCGGAAACUGGACUUUCGAACAACGCCUCCUGGGAAUCAGCGGGAUCGAUACUUUUGAGCCGGAGAAUGUGGAAGCUGUGCUGAGUACGCAGUUCGAAGACUUCGACUUGGGUGAGAGGCGGAAAGUCUUCUUCGCCCUCCUCGGCGAUGGGAUUUUCACGCAGGAUGGCGCUGCCUGGGCACGCACUCGCGCUUUGCUGCGGCCGGCGUUUUAUCAACAGAAUACGGAUCGGAUGUUGGAUGAGAUUGAUGGUUUGGUGGGGAAGAUGCUGAGGGAUGUCCCCGAAGGAGAGGAGGUGGACUUUCAACCGCUGUUCUUUCGGUUGACAUUGGAGACGACGAUGUCGCUUCUUUUCGGCAAGAGAAUGGAGGGUGAGGAUGAGCAGAGAAAGAAAGUGGAGAUGGAUGAUUUCGCUGCAGCUUUCGACGAGGCGCAGGAUUGGUUGGCUAGGAGAGGGAGGUUGGGCGGGUUGUAUUGGUUGAUCGAUGGACCUGGAUUUCGGAAGUCGUGUCGGAUUGUGCAUCGCUUCAUUGACGCUGCGAUCGAGGAGGCGUUGAGGGUCAAGGACGUGAACGAGGGUGAGACGGAAGGCUACUCCGUGCUGGGAGCUUUGCUACCCGAGACACAGGAUCGGAAGGUGUUGAGAGAGCAGUGUCUGAAUGUCCUCUUGGCUGGGAGGGAUACGACAGCCUGUCUGCUAAGUUGGACGUGCCGCCUCCUAGCAUCCCACCCCCGAACCCUCACCACCCUCCGCCAAGAAAUCACCCAAAUCUGCGGCACCGACCCAAGUCCACCAUCCCGCGCCCAACUAAAACGUAUGCGCUACCUCGACGCCAUCCUCAAAGAAGUCCUCCGCCUCUAUUCCUCCGUGCCCAUAAACUCCCGCACAGCCUCCCGAACCACAACCCUCCCCACCGGCGGCGGUCCAGACCGCACCUCUCCAAUCCUCAUCCGCAAAGGACAAGCGGUAGCAUACAGUCCCUACAUCAUGCAUCGACGAGAAGACAUCUUUGGCCCCGACGCAGCGGAUUUCCGGCCGGAGAGAUGGCUUGAGAAUGAUGGCCGGCUGUUCGCGGAAGCAGGGUGGGCGUAUUUGCCGUUCAAUGGUGGGAGGAGGGUAUGUCUGGGUCAGGAAUUUGCGCUGUUGGAGGCGGGGAGUGUGAUUGUUGGUAUGGUGAGGCGGUGGAGGGAGUGGAAAGUGGCUGGGGAUGGGGAGGCGUUUCCAGAGGUCGGGACGGAGAGGCAGAAAGUUACGUUGGUGGUUAGUUGUGCGGAAGGGUGUAGACUUGAGGUCAAGAGCUGA